ACUCUGCGCUUCACUUGGUGGCUUUUUGAUCACAGGUUGUGUGUGAGAACACAGAUCCACGCGGGACGCGCUCAAUAAUAAUAAAAAAAAGGACUUUAAAGUUAAUUUGAUGUUUCACUUGGGAGCUCUCCCCUCAACAUGAGGGUCCGUGACUGAUUUUAGAGACACGGACUGCCCGCAGCUCAAAGUUUACUGUCCUUUUUCUUUGAGUUUCGCUGAACAGAACGGAGCGCAAUUACGCACGGCGAGCUCCAUGGCACCGAUCCUGGAUAGACGGGCGCCCGCUCUGCUCUUGGUCUGGAGCUACUGCGUCCUCGCGGAUACUGCCUUCACGAACUUUACUUUGGACAAUGAGUUCCACUCCAGUUUCAUCCACCGGCGACUGAAGAGCCAGGAGCGCAGGGAGAUGCAGCGGGAGAUCCUGUCGAUCCUGGGGCUGCCGCACCGACCGCGACCCCACCUCCACGGGAAGCACAACGCUGCCCCGAUGUUCAUGCUGGACCUGUACAACGCGAUGUCCACAGAGGGGGACGAAGACAGAUAUUCAUACCCCUACAAGCCCGUCUUCACCACACAGGGCCCCCCGAUAGCCAGCCUGCAAGACAACAACUUCUUGAACGAUGCAGACAUGGUCAUGAGCUUUGUGAAUUUAGUGGAGCACGAUAAGGAAUUCCUACCAGUGCGGCGGCAUCACAGAGAGUUCAGAUUCGAUCUGUCAAGAAUCCCUGAGGGUGAGGCCGUCACUGCAGCUGAGUUUCGAAUAUACAAAGAUUUCAUCCAUGAACGUUAUGAUAAUGAGACAUUCCGUAUCAGCGUCUACCAGGUGUUGGAGGAACACUCUGACAGGGAGUCGGACUUGUUCCUGCUGGACUCGAGAGUGAUUUGGGCCGUGGAGGAGGGCUGGCUGGUGUUUGACGUUACAGCCACCAGCAACCACUGGGUCCUGAACCCCGGCAGGAACCUGGGUUUACAGUUGGCCCUGGAGAGCACGAACGGAGAGAGCAUCAACCCUCGCGUUGCGGGGCUGAUCGGCCGCAGCGGGCCUCAAAACAAGCAGCCCUUCAUGGUGGCCUUUUUCAAAGCCACUGAGGUGCACCUGCGAAGCAUCCGCUCGGCGCCAGGGGGGGCCAAACAGCGGAACCCCAACCGCUCCAAAGGGACGAAAAGCCAGGAGGCGCUCCGAGUGGCCAAUGUGGCAGAAAACAGCAGUACUGAUCAGAAGCAGGCGUGCAAAAAGCAUGAGCUUUACGUCAGUUUCCGAGACUUGGGGUGGCAGGACUGGAUCAUCGCUCCAGAGGGAUACGCUGCAUACUAUUGUGAGGGAGAGUGCGCCUUUCCACUCAACUCCUACAUGAACGCCACAAACCACGCCAUUGUGCAAACCCUUGUUCAUUUCAUCAACCCGGACACGGUUCCCAAGCCCUGCUGCGCCCCGACGCAGCUCCACGCCAUCUCCGUGCUCUACUUCGACGACAGCUCCAACGUCAUCCUCAAGAAAUACCGCAACAUGGUGGUCAGAGCUUGUGGCUGCCACUAGCUUGUCAGCUUCUUCCCAUGGACACACACACACACACACACACACACAGUCAUGAGUGAAAUGCAAUGCAAUGUGCAUUUUCUGAACAAUCUUAUUGUUGGAAGACAGUUUCCUGAAUAGGGCAAAAACGCCAUUGUUUUAUGUGUAAGGUCGAUCUGAGGGGAACGUUCCACAAAGGUUUAAAGACUCCUCUCCACAAGUACACACACACACACACACACACACACACACACACACACACACACACACACCUACACUCACGUUUGUGCUUUCUACUGUGUAUACAAGACAUUUAAAGCAGUGAUUGUACUGUAUAUUCAUUCAGUCAACAAUUCCUUUUUUUUUUUUUUUUUUACUUUUUUUAAAAAUAAUUGUUAUAAUUAUUGUAGUUUAUUCUUUUACUGUAGUAUAUAUAUAUAUAUGAUAAGGAUGGGAUUUCUAUUCCUUUGUGUACAAUGCCGUGUAAAUAUUUUUUUCAAACAAAGCAAGUGUAUUUAUUUCCUGGAAUGUCACUUGGAUUUGUGUUUUUUUUUUUUUUUUUUUUUUUUUUUUCCUGACUGCAUUGCUGCCUGUUUUGUUUUUUUCAUGAAAAUACACACAACCUCGACGGAAAAGAAGAGACGUUUGACAGGAAAACACUUUGAAUGGAGCGUAAACCCAGCGCACCUCGUCCUGCCUCGUGAACCCGACACAUCUUUCAUAACAACAAUCAACCAGGCUGAGAGAGAGCGAGAGAGAGAGAGAGAGAGAGAGAGAAAGAGGGGUCUUUCAUGAAACAUCCUGUACUCUGUGUUCAACACUUUCAGGUUUAUAUUUCUCUGCUGUAAUACAAUCUGUCAUAUUUAAAAGGUCUAUUUAUUGAGAGCCGACUAAGCUGUCCGACAGUGUGCUCCAAUGUCUUAACUAUGUUUUACUGCUGAACUGGUACAACAAUAAACUGGGAGAAAAAAAAAAAAAAAA